AUGACCGCCUGCCUGGUCCUCGACCCUCGCCGGCCAGCGGACACGGUGAUGUUUGUGUAUGAAAAUAACCGGGACGACCUCAACAAGAACAUGGACGGACUCGUCGGCGGCGGAAAUUUCGCAGCGGCCAGUCAGUGUCGCAACAUCAUGGCGCACUCAGCGGCGGCCGCGGCGCUCGGCGGCCACCCGUCCGGCUUGGUGCACUCCACCGCCGGCUACUCCGCCGUGGAGGUGUCGGGUUCCGGCUCCGGGGAGCCAGCCGCGUCCGCGGGGAAGCAGUGCACGGCCGGGCCGUGUCCCGCAGCCGCCGUGCCGCAUCAGAGCUCGUCGGCCGCCGCCGCCGCCGCCGCCGCCGCCGCGCUGCCCUACGGCUACUUCGGGAACGGGUACUACCCCUGCAGGAUGGGCCGCGGCUCGCUCAAGUCCUGCACCCAGGCGACCGGGGCUGCGCUCAGCUACACCGCGGCGGCCGAGAAGUACAUGGACACGCCGGUCAGCGCCGACGACUACACGAACCACCGAGCCAAGGAAUUCACCUUCUACCACGGCUACCCGAGCCCCUACCAGUCCAUGGCCAGCUACCUGGACGUGUCGGUGGUCCAGACUCUUGGCUCCGGGGAGCCCCGCCAUGACACCCUGCUGCCCAUGGACAGCUACCCCUGGGCUCUGAGCAACGGCUGGGGGGGUCAGAUGUACUGCUCCAAAGACCAGGGGCAGGCCAGUCACCUCUGGAAGUCCGCCUUGGCGGACGCGGUGGCGCACCAGCACGACGGCUCGUCCUUCCGCCGCGGCAGGAAGAAACGGAUACCGUACACCAAGAUCCAGCUCAAGGAGCUGGAGAAGGAGUACGCCGCCAACAAGUUCAUCACCAAGGACAAGAGGAGGAAGAUCUCCGCCGUCACCAACCUGUCGGAGAGGCAGAUCACCAUCUGGUUCCAGAACAGGAGGGUGAAGGAGAAGAAGUUCGUGGCCAAAGUGAAGAGCAGCGCGCCGUAGACACCUCCUCAUCCCGCGUGGACUUCAGCGAGGGAGGAGGAGGAGGAGGACGUGACUUCUUUCACCUGCUACAAAAAAAAAAGAAAAAGAACGACUAAAAAACGAUGAAACGGUACUUUUGAUGGAUGGGGAUCCUCUACCGGUGACACGCGGCCUGCGCCUGCGCAACCCCGAACGCGCGUCCCUGCCGAGGAA